CUUACUGGGUGAAAGGUGAUGAGAAGCGCAGCAUACACCACGAGCGGGGCAACAACACAAAACUACCGCAAACGCCUUCCUCUAGUCUAGUUUAGAAAAUAGCCGCAACAUUAUUUUUAUUUUGAAUGGACGAGAGAAAACAACUAUUCACAUAUCGGAAUUAGCAGAAUAUCGCAAAAUACUAAAGUGAGUUUGCUUGUCAUGUUUGUGGGAUUAAGCUGCUUAGACCGGACUGCAAACUGAAACGGACCUACAUUCGAGCCGUGAAAACAAUGCAACGGCCUCAGGGGCCAACUAUUUUAUAGCUAGCUAGUGCACUUGUUUCUGCAGUGACAUGACCAACCAGGUGUCAGAGUUCCCCACUGAGCGGACGUUCCGGUACCAGCAUAGCCUGCCUCCUCUCCCUGUACCGUCUCUAGAGGGGAGCCUUGCCAAGUACCUGGAUGCAGUGCGGCCGUUUGCUACAGAGGAGGAGUACCAGGUGACUGCGGCCAUAGUGAAGAGGUUUCGAGAGGGCAUCGGCAAAGACCUGCACCAAAAACUACUGCAGAGAGCCAGGACACGCAGGAACUGGUUGGAGGAGUGGUGGUUGAAUGCAGCCUAUCUGGAAAUGCGUUACCCCUCCCAGUUGAAUGUGAACUUCGGAGGUCCUGCACCCUACCUAGAGCACUGCUGGCCCCCUACAGAGGGAGUACAGCUACAGAGGACCAGCAUAAGCAUGUGGCACACUCUACAGUACUGGGACCUGCUCCGCACGGAGAGGCUGGACCCUCAUAAAGCUGGUAAUGUGGUGUUGGAUAUGGACCAGUUCAGAAUGCUGUUCUGUACAUGUAAAGUUCCUGGAGUCACCAAGGAUACCAUCAUCAACUACUUUAAGACAGAGAGCGAGGGUCCAUGCCCCUCCCAUGUGGUGGUGAUGUGUAAGGGGCGUUUCUUCUCGUUUGAUGCAGUGUGUGAUGGACACAUUCUUACCCCUCCAGAGCUGCUCAGGCAGCUGACCCAUGUGAAGCAGUGUUGUGAAGGGGAGCCAGCGGGAGAUGGUGUCGCUGCUCUCACCUCAGAGGAGAGGACACGCUGGGCUAAGGCCAGGGAGUAUCUGAUAGGUAUAGAUCCAGCCAAUAAGACGAUCUUAGAGACCAUCCAGAGCAGUCUGUUUGUGGUCUCACUGGACGAUGCUAAACCCUACGCUACUGCAGAGAACUACACACCGGUGACCUGGGAAGCGCUGACAGGAGACCCCACCAUCCGCUGGGGAGACAAGUCCUACAACUCCAUCUCCUUCGCUGACGGAACCUUCGGAUCCAAUUGUGACCAUGCCCCCUACGAUGCCAUGGUGCUGGUAACUCAGGGUUACUAUGUGGAUCAGCAGCUCAAAGCUACAGACGGCAAGUGGAAGGGCUGUGAGACAGUGCGGCCUAUGCCUCUUCCUGAAGAGUUGGUCUUCACUGUGGAUGACAGAGUCAGGAGUGACGUUACACAUGCCAAGCAACAGUACUUUGAGACUACUCAGGACUUGCAGGUGGUGUGUUAUGCGUUCACCUCGUUUGGGAAAGCAGCCAUCAAACAGAGGAAGCUCCACCCAGACACCUUCAUACAACUGGCCCUUCAACUGGCUUAUUACAGACAGCAUGGGAGGUUAGGUAGUUGCUAUGAGACAGCGAUGACCAGAAGGUUCUACCACGGCAGGACUGAGACCAUGAGGCCCUGUACCCUGGAGGCACAGAACUGGUGCCAUACCAUGCUCCUCCCUGCAGCCAGCGCUGAGGCUAAGAGGAAAGCCCUGCUGCUGGCCUUCAACAAGCACAACAAACUGAUGGCUGAGGCACAGAACGGAAAAGGGUUUGACAGACAUCUCCUGGGCCUGUACCUGAUCGCCAAGGAGGAGGGACUUCCUAUGCCAGACCUUUUCACUGAUCCACUGUAUUCCAAGAGUGGUGGGGGCGGUAACUUUACCCUGUCCACCAGUCUGGUUGGCUACACCACAGUCCUGGGAGCGGUUGCUCCCAUGGUGCACCAUGGCUACGGGUUCUUCUACCGCAUCAGAGACGACAGGAUCGUGGCUUCCUGUACGGCGUGGAAGUCCAGUCCAGAGACAGAUGCAGAGACACUGUUCCAGAACCUGGUUACCUCCCUACAUGAGAUGCUACAUCUCGCUACCACAGCUCAGCUCUAACACACACACACACAUACACACACACACACACACACACACACACACACACACACACACACACACACACACACACACACACACACACACACACACACACACACACACAAUUUGUAGAUGGUAGUCAAUAAUAGUUUAGUUCUGCACAGAUCAAUGCAAAGGCACAUUUAUUGUUUUCUACAUUUAAAAAAGAAAAAUGUAUUAUUUGUUUAAAUGCAGCUCAACAAAUUAGUUUAUUUUGCACUUAGUGAAUCAUUUUCUGCGAUUUAUGUAGCAGCUAGAUCGGGGAUUCCUUGUUUUCAAAAUGUAUAGAUUGAAUUUCCUACCACGAUUUAGUUUGUUGUUUUUAUGUUGUGAGAAACAUUUAGUGUUAACCCAUGUCAUGCAUUGUACACCACUAAGCUAACACACACAUCCUAACUCGCCCUCACCAUAACACUUCCAGCCUGCAGUGACCAGCGUAGCAUCGCGUCACCUGUCCCUGGUCAUUAGUGAUUCAUGAAUAGUAUUCUUUUUCUAUAUUGGUUGGCUUUUCCAGAAGAGUGACUGAAGCAUAGAUGUUCUUGAUUGGUUGAAAUUACUCUUUUAGAACGUAACUGUCGUCGUAGCUGUGAAAUUGAGAAACAGAGAGAAACGGGUCAUGUUGUCUUUGACUACUGUCUCACCUCAGGCCUCAUGGGUAUUAUGUAAGGGCCCUACUCAAUCAAAACUGUUUUCCAGUUUCCAGGGCAAGAAAAAGUAUUGUUUUUAUGUUUUGCACAUCACUAGAGGAUUAUGCAUUUGGCUGGAUAUGAUCAAUGAAACAGUGUUUGGGUGAGAUGGAAAGAAACCCAAGUAAAUUCAAAUGUGCCUUUUUGCUGUGUCCUUAUUUUAGUCUGUCCCCAGAGAUCUGGUUAGUGGUUUUGAUUGAAUAGCUCCCUAAUUGACCUGACUUUUUAGACUUCAAAAGCUGCUGAAUAACUCUACCACUCCUAUGCCAGAUCCAUAGGCUGCCACCCUAUGCAAUAUGCCAUUUUAUGUAGUAGAGGUCUGUAAUAAUGAACAUUCCUGUCACAAUUUACCCAUGAUACAUCACGGUUUUGAUGCUCUCGAACACUGCCAUUGUGUUAAUACCUUUCAGACAUUCUUGAGGUUUUCAGCAUGUUUUUUUGUUGUAAAUGAUAGAAAAGUGAUAAAAGACGAGCGCUGCAUUUGAUUCAACAGAAUGAAAAGAAGCUGUUUUAAUGCCUAAAGUAGUGAAAAUGAUGUAACCCACUUUACAGUAGGAACAUUAUAGUAUUGACUUACUGACAAUGUAAACUUGGAAAAUGUUUCAUUGAAUAUGAAAGUUGUUUGGUGUGAUUGAACUGACAAAUCAAAGUGAAUGAAUCAUGUCAUGAGCCCAAAUAUUCAAAUAAAACAUCUUUAUUAAUGA